AUGGCCCCCAUAAGACGCUAUCUCCGCAUUAGCAAAUACUCCGUCCUCGAAUGUCGCAUCUUCCUCGAAAACCCAUCCGAUGCGCGAUGGCUUCUAGACUCCAAUUCUCGCGACCCCGUCCUUCCGCGGAUAUUUAACACUAUCAAACCGCUUGUAUUACCUAAGCUGCGGGAAGAGAAUGAGCGUGCGUUGGCAAAGAAGAAGAGUAAUCCUGUGAAGGAUGUUUUGGUUGAGGAUGAUUUUGAAGUUGCCAUCUUUUUGCGAGAAUCUGGAACAAAGCAUUCCUUGCUUACGAAGCAGAAGAGCUUCGGAAAUAAGCAAAAGAUGAAAAGUAACUCGAAUAAACUUACGGGAUCAACGGCGGAGAUUCUCGUGGAAAGCGAUGAUGAAGGCAACAACGGGCGAACCGGUAUUGACAUGAGCGCCAUCCCUGAGGUGGUAGACUCGGAGGAGGAAAAGUCCGACGCAGAAAAACGGGCUGGAAAGGCUGCUGCACUGGCAACGGAUACUCUCGACGACAAAAAGCUUCAACUUACGACGAGUUAUGAUGGAUUCGGUAUUUGGGGAUGGGUGCUGUGUUUGCUCGUGACACGAAAAGGUCAGAAGGGUCGCAAAGGAGUGGAUGGCGGUGCUGGUGCGGCUACUUCUGGGCAAGCUUUGAUGGAGGAAUGGAUUGGGACGCAGAUGCAGCCAGUUCUUGAUGAGGAUUGA